CGCAAUAUAAGCUACAGAAGGGAGAAAGGGGGUUCUUCCCGAGCGUCGAUCAGUCCACUUCUUCCGUUUUUUCUUUGUUUGGUUUCAUUUUGAACCAGGUCGAUCUUUCGAAACCGGACACUUCUUUUUCAAACCCCGCAUAGCACUAACCAAACCAACUCCUUUUUUUUGGAGCUCUUUUUUAUAUUUCUUUGCUCUCUUUCCUCUUCUUUUUUUUAUGUUUCUAGUUUUCUAAACGGUUUUGACUUCUUCUCUUAUGAUGCAAACAGAAAAACCCAGUCUGCCUUCCAUACAAUUCCUCCUUCAACAACACCCUCCAGACGAAGGUACGCUUUCAGUUACUUCGGAAAAGCCGGCUCUUCCAGACACAAGUGUACCGGCUUCGUCGACGACCAAUACCCGAUCAUCCCUUGGACAUCGUAGCAGUCGCAGUAUCAGUAGCCUUCCGGCCGAGUUACAAAGUCUCUCGCUUUAUGCACCCACACCUAGCUCAAAAGACGAUUCUCACCUUUUUGGGACAUCCCAUUCGGCAUCACAACCUAUUCCCAAUCACCUGCCAUUUUCGUCUUGGCGGGAUACCAAGGCUCCUAGCUGGAUGUUACCCGCUGACCAUGGACCUGUGUUACCACCUGCCCAUUCCCCUACCUUGACCACCGAGUUUCCAUCUCGACCAACCACCACCACUACCACCACCACCACUUCCAGAAGACCCCCUGGAGCCACCCAUGGGCGUUCCAUAUCCGAACUGUCAAUGCCUUCGCAUGCGUCUUCUCAUGCUCUUCCCAUCUUACCGGCCCCUUCAGCACGAACAUUGCCUACAGAAGUGCCAUCCCUUCAAAAGCUUAAAGCUCGUCAUUUGACCCAUCGAAGAGCGGUUUCUGCCAACACCGUUGAUUUCAUGAUGGGCCCUCCUCCAGCAUCCGUCGUCGUCGGUCAUCGAGCUCAAUCUUACAGUCCCACUGAGCAAGAAGAGGAACAAGCCCAUUUGCACCAACCCACCAAGGAAGUAUUUUUUGAAGCACUCGAUCAGCGAUUUGAUCCUGUUCAACGUGAUGCCGGCACUGGUCGCUAUGUCUGUCCUUAUUGCCACAAAAAAUUUUCUCGACCUUCUUCGCUUCGAAUUCAUACCUAUUCCCAUACCGGCGAAAAACCCUUUGUCUGUACCGAGGAAGGAUGUGGACGUCGAUUCAGUGUACAAAGUAAUAUGCGUCGUCAUCUCAGGGUACAUCGGCUGGGCCGGAACGUGAAAGCAAAUCCUAUCAAAGAAGACGAGUAAAACAAAACCAGAAAAACAAAAAAAAAAAAGAUCCCAAAAGUUUUGUACCAAAUCAUCUCCAUAUUCCAACCAUCCACAUCCCGUUUCCCACCUUUCUUUUUGCUGUUACCUAUCAAAAGUGAUAGGAUAACUUGCUUUUAUAGAUUCUUUGUCUUGUGUACAUGUUUUUUCUUCUUUUUCUAUUUCUUUCUUUUGCAUAACUUUUUUUUUUCAUACAGACAAUAUAUACAGUAUGGCGAUGCCUGUAGCUUUUUCUUCCUCUGUUUUAUUUCUGAAACCCGAAAGACAAUAAAAAAAAAUGUAUGACGCGGUGGUGACGUACAAAAGAUUGUCGUUUGAUG